UUUUUUUUAUCUGCUGAUCAGCUGAACCGGAAACGGAAAACGCAUGGAUUAGUGUGUUUACAUCUCUCUCUCUCUCUCUCAUCCUGUAGUGCACCCAAAUAGACCCAUGCAAUAAUCUCAGGCUGGUGUGCGCCUGGAGACAUUUUAAGAACACCAGGCCUGUUCUACUGUCUCUGAUGAGGACUAGAGGGGCUGUUUAAUGAGGACUAUAGAGGUUGUUUGAUGAGGACUAUAGAGGGUGUUAUUGCGGACUAGCUGCGUGAUAUCAGUCGUGCAGAGAGAGCACCAUCUGUGGAAGUGGGACAAGGGAACAGAUGGCUGACGCUUGGACAGCACUGGAGGAUGAGUAAAUAAAAGACUCGUUGUGCUAUUGCAACAGUGCAUUUUGUGCAAAUUGACGCACCACGACUCCACUGUGCAUCAUCUCCCUUUUUGGACGCGUCUCUCUGGUUCUCUCCCAGUGGAAAACAAUGGUAGACAACCGCUACGCCACAGCUCUGGUGAUCUCCUGCGUGCUGAGCAUCCUGGCCACCGUGUACCUGUCGGUGGCCGUCGGCACGCAGCACUGGUACCAGUACAGCAGCCCCACGGUGCGAGGAGAGGCCAACGUGUCCGAGCUGCGCCUCCUGUACGAGGAGUUCAAGGACGGAGAGUUUGAUGAGAAGACAUACAGCGACACGUUGUUCCGCCUCAACGGCACCGUGGGCCUCUGGUGGAGGUGCGUGCUCGUGCCUGCCAACGCGCACUGGUACAAAGAGCCAGAUGCCAAGAUGAUGCUGGAGUGUCGAAGCUUCACUCUACCUCAGCAGUUCACUCCCAAGUAUAAAGAACCAGGCAACCACAACAGUGGAGAGGACAUGCUGCGCACCUAUUUGUGGAGGUGCCAGUUUGUGCUGCCACUGGCGUCCUUGGGUCUGGUGGUGUUGGCAGGCCUGACUGGGUUCUGUGCAUGCCUCUGCCGAAGCCUCACCCCCACCCUCGGCAUAGGAGUACUUCACCUGCUGGCUGGCCUCUGCACCUUAGCCACGGUGUGCUGCUACCUGGCUGGGAUGGACCUGCUCCACAGGGUGUCGAUGCUGCCUGAUAAGGUGGAUGGCUCGCUGGGCUGGUCACUCUACUUGGCGCUCAUUUCCUCGCCGCUCCACAUGAUGGCCGCUGCGCUGCUGGUGUGGGCGGCACGCAGCCACAGUCAGAACUACUACCGCAUGACCGCCUACCGGGUGGCAUAGACUGAGAUCCAGCUCCGGAUUUCUGCCCUGUUUAAAUUCAUACCCCUACUCUUGUCACCAAGAUGCAUUUUAUAAUGAUCUCAGAGGAAUGGGAUGUGGGUUAAGCUGUGAUGGAUUAAAGUGCACGUACUCUAUAGUAAUGACCCUAUCUGCUGCAUUAAAAGAUUUGAUUUUUAUCUCUC